CACAGCUGGGUGGUGCCAUCAGCAGAGUUUGCACAAAAAGUUCUUCAACUCUACAGAGAAGAAGAUCAAAACCAAAGGAAGAACCAGAUAUGCCAUUUCCUAAGGUUUUGGGUAAAUGACUAUCCAGAGAUGUUUCGGCUUGACCAUGAACUAGAAGAGCUGAUGUGUGACUUUUGGGAGGUAGUUAAGGACAGCAAAAGGCCAAAUGACCACCGACAAAGUCUUGAUACAUCAUUCAUAUUUGACCCAGAAACCCCAAAGACCUUUCCAGAGUCACCAAGCUUCAACAAGAAGAGGAAAGUCUCCCUUCUGUUUGAUCACCUGGAACCACUGGAACUGGCAACGCAUCUCAGCUACCUGGAGUUCAAAUGCUUCUGCAGGAUUACGCAUUUAGACUAUCGAAGCUAUACUUUGCAGAGUUCUCUGCGAGAAAUCCCUCGGCUGGAGCGGUCAGUCUCCUUAUGUAACAGCAUUUCACAGUGGGUUCAGCUCAUGAUCCUCAACCGCCCAACUCCACAGCAGAGAGCUGAGGUCUUCACCAAAUUUAUCCACGUGACUCAGAAACUCCGUAAACUCCAGAACUUUAACACCCUGAUGGCAGUGAUUGGA